CCACGUUGCACUUAAAUACAGAUGUGGGCAAGAGACACUUGACAGCCAUGGCAAGCUCAGCUUCGUUUCAUUUGCGUCCUUCAGCGCAGCCCUUCAUAUCUUGCAGGCUGAGGCCCUCACCAAAAUCGCCGCAUGGGCUGCAUGCAAAUGCUGCCCCGGUGCUGGCGGUUCGAGAAGGGCAGACUGGACUCCAGGAAGUUGCAGGAGCUUCCGCUCUGGCAGAGAAAGAAGCCUUUGAAGCUUUUGCACGUUUGCCGUCUGUGGGAACCUGGAUGCUGAUGCCUUCGCCAAAAGCAAGAAGAGGCCUGGAUACAUGGCCAGCAGAACCGCAGAUGGGAGUGACUUCCUUGGUGAAGUGUGCAGACACGGCCGCUGAUCCAGACAAGGAAGAGGAUGGUCGGGAUGCGCGGUUGAUGAACCUGAUAGCGCAAGCGUCUGAGAAGCAUGUCCCAUUGGUGCAGUGCUCGAUCUUAAAGCCGGAGAUGCUGGAUUUCAAGGAGGCUGCUAGAUUCAGGCCGUCUGUUGGCACCUGGUUGAAACCGCGGCAGACGCUUGCAGCAAUCCCACCUUCCAGUCUCGCAGUCUUGUCCCUCCGAGAGCCCAAGGAUGAAAGAUAUGACCUGAAAGUGCCCUUGGCGGACUCCAGGCCUGCCAUUGUGGUGCCAGAGGUGGAGGACAGUCUUGAACUACACUUCUUCCACCUGGACUUCCGAAAGGCGGACAGCAAUUCUGUAAAGAACGAAAUCUUGCAUGGCCUCAUGGAGAUGGGAUGCCACAAGGGCCUGCUUUCAAACAUGCGGAUCAAACUGCGCGCAGGCUCUCCUGGCUGCAUUGCAGAGAUUCAGGGUGCUGGGCAGCAUCUCAAGUCCAUUGACAUCUAUAGCCUCAAGGUGAUGGGGUGCCAGGCUCAGUCAGCGGCCAGUGCAGCUGCACAGGCAGUCACAGCUGGUGUGAUGCCGAGCAUACCAAUGAGGACGCAUGAGAAAGAGGUCCAUCACAUCAAUCUUGUGUCGAGUGACGACCCCCGCGAGCAAGCCAAGACCACCGUGACUGGGGCGGCAAGCCAGCCGACAUCCCUUUCCAGUUCCCCAUCCGCCAGACAGCCACUCCUCGCAGAAAACCAAGGCCAUGGAGCAAGCCCAGGUGUUGGGAGCAGAACACCUUUUUUGUCGGGAACUCCUACUCGGGAUCCUAGCUCUCCUGGCGGUAGUCGGCCGUUUGGAUUCCGACGGCAUGCGAUGCCACCCACAGAACGGAGAAAGGCUGGCCCACGCCGACUUUGGGCUCGUGAUAGCUGGAAUGUCGAGGAGCUCCGGAUCAGCGACAUCAUGUCCAGAUCCAUGGAAUCUGAAGGUUCUGAGCUGAUCGAUCCCGGGCUUGAAGAAGAAGAACUGCAAGACAUGCUUCUGGAACUAUACAGUGAGGACACUGAUGCAGAUUCUGUGCGGUGGACCUUUCAGUUGGCAAGUCGUGGGAGUCAAAGGUGUACCAGCACCAGCAACCUCCAUUAUGCGUUUCGCGCUCAUCACUAUUGCCAUUUUUUGCCGCAGGAGAUCAUGAGAACCUUGGCAACCACCAAUGUUGCUUCCAGCGGCGCAGUGGACUCUGCUUUGCUUCAGCAGCUUUUAGAAGAUUUGAAUGAUGGUUACACAGUUCCAGCUGCAGAGGUGAAGGCUGUUUUGGACGAAGCAGAUGCACUGGCCGCUGCUGGAGGGUCUGGCAGGGCAUCCUUGCUUCGUGCGAUCUCUGCCUGGUACCUCAAUGUGGUCAGGAAUGACUCGCCUUGGUCGACUACGCUCAAGGCAUGCUAUGGUCGGUGGAUUCCAAAGAAGGGCUACCACCUUGAGGUUUUUGGCCGGCUUCGUUCGUCCAUUGUCAAUGCCAAUGAGGCUUUUCACGAAGAACAUAAUCCCGACAGUGCGGGUCAGGCAGUUUGGUUCUUAAUCCAGGCAGCGAUAUUCCUUGUAGCGCUGGUGCUCCCAUUUGGCUUCUUUCUUUGGCUCAUUGUUCUGGGUGCAGAGCAUGGGGACGACCGGUGUCCCAAGGAUUUGGAUGGGCUUAUCACAUGGUUUGGUAGCCUUGGUUUGGCCAGCUUGGUGGUUGGAUGGCUUGAUGAAUCCUUGAUUGCCCAAUCAGAAGAUCAACUGGUGAAAGCUUCAAGCAUUGGGUUGGCGCUGAAAGUAGUGCUUCUCAUAAUGCCCUGGGUGGGAGCUUUCUGGACAUUUCACCUUGCAAGCAAUGACCAGCAAACCUGUGGACUCUUCCUGACUGGAGCCAGUUCCCUCCUUUGGACAGUGCUGCUCAUUGCCGAGCUUGCCUUCGGUUUCGCAUUCCUGUGGCAUUUGGCCGUUUUCAGUGAGCACGAGAUGACUUUACGGAAAGGUCACCAGCAUCCAGUUUGACUCUGAUGGCCUUGCAUAGCUUUGCUGAAUGAUGCUCAACAAGAUGCGCAGGCAUAAUUCUUGGACAGAGCUUCCAACCUGCCUGCUGGAGCAACGUCAACCGUCGUGAAACUAAACUGACAAAAUACUGCUACAAGCGCAGUAUUGUGGGGCUCUAUAAGACUAUGCUAAAUGCUAAAGCAUUCCUUGUCCUUGGAGUAUUGCAGGAUGAACGCCUUUGCAAGGCUCAAGCAUAAAUUGAACACUGACGC